AUGAAGAAGGCCUUCCCGCACCUGGAAGGUGCGAUGGUCGCGUCCGAGAAGAAGGGGGUAAAACUCAAGGUAGAGGCAGUGGCGGCGGAGUUGGGGCGCGUGAAGGUUCCUGAGAAGUCUAAGGGAGCGACUGGCACAGACUCUCGGGAUGCGGUGCUUCGGUGGCUUGAGAAGUCCGCCGGUACCAACGAUAUCAUCCAUGAGCCUCCAGACUAUCCCAUCAGCAAGAUCGGCGAGCGUAUGAACAAGUUGAUCGACCACCUCUUCGACAAGAUCCCGAAUGUCACCAUCAUCCUUUCUACACUCAUUGUCAACACUCACGAAGGUGCAGAUGAGCGCAUCCAGAGAAUCGUCAACCCGCAGUACGAAGCCUUGGUGAAGCGCAAGCAAGAGAAAAAGGCGCGAAUCGUGCUCGCCGAUCUGCAUCCAGUCGUCAAAGCAGAGGAACUGGUUGAUGGGACGCAUCCCAAUGACGAAGGGUACGAGAAGAUAGCUGAGGCAUGGCUUAAAGCGAUAGCUGAGGCCGGCCGAAAGGGACUGCUCGUGGAGCCCCAGGACCUAGAUGAUCCCAAUAUCAACAAGCCGCCGCACGUGUCAAACAAAAUACAUAGUAUCACAGCGCCAUUUGCAACCUCUGUACUGUCUUGGAGUACCCAUAGAACGGCUGUCAACACUACUUCAAGGUCAUAUAGCGUCCACCCGACGGCACGCAGCACCACUUCCACAGCAUUCGGAACCGUUACGCCCACCACGGUGUCCUUCAACACUCCUCAGGUGUUUUGCGCGCUUUCUGAGGGACAAGCUCCUGUCAAGGUCGAUUCACCAUCAGAAUGUUAUAUUCCGGCUAAGGCAGCCGCGAACAACAGCCAAAUUCUGCCCUCUGCGAUUCCGAAGAGCAAUGCUGCUCGUUUCAAUAAGCCUUUUUGGUGUAGCUGGUGGCUCUGA